UGACAGAAUAUUAUCAGCGUGAGAAUUGAUCCAUAAACUUUUCUCAAAGAUCCACCACCACCUUCACAAUCUCUAUUCUACAAAAAUUAAAAGAUUUCCCCGAUUUCAAUUUUUAUUUUCUUUUAACUCUUUUUUUUUUCUCUCAAAGAAGAUCCAAGUUGGUUAAACUGAGAGAGAGGCAAAAUAAAAAUCUAGGGUUUCGAACGGGUUUUUAGGUCAAAGUAAAUGUUCGAUCAGCCUUUCUUCUUCUUCGUCGUCAAUACAUCUCUAAUCGUUUCGAUUCUCUGCUUCGUCACUGUUACUACUCUGCAAUGCUUAGCGUGAUCCGAGUCCACCUCCCUUCCGAGAUUCCCAUCGUCGGCUGCGAGCUAACUCCUUACGUCCUCGUUCGCCGCCCCGAUAAGACCGCCGCCACCGACGAUGUCCCUGAGUCUUCUCCCCUCGAAGGCUACUUCUUGCGUUACAGAUGGUUUCGUGUACAGAGCGAUAAGAAAGUAACGAUCUGCAGUGUCCAUCCAACGGAACAAGCCACUCUGCAAUGCGUCUUCUGCUCCAAGCGUCCAGCUCUCGUCUCCAAAAGCUACCAUUGCUCUCCCAGAUGCUUCACCGACGCGUGGCAGCACCACAAGACUCUCCACGAGCGUGCGGCUGCCGAGAACGGGAACAGCAACGAAGAAGAUAACGAGUUAGCUCGUGCUAACACCGCUCCCCCUGCGGUUCUAUCGAGUCUCAACGGCCCGACGCCGUUUUAUCCUUCUAGCAUCGCGCAGAAGAACGGAGUAGGAGAGACGCUGAUCGAGGUCGGGGGCUGCAAGACGUACACGCCGACGGCUGAUGAUAUUGGUCACGUUUUGAAGUUCGAGUGUGUGGUGGCUGUUGCCGAGAGUAAACAGUCUGUGGGGCAUCCUAGUACCAUUAUGACUUCGCGUGUUAUCCCUGCUCCUUCUCCCAGGCCUCGCAGGCUUAUCUCUGUUAAUGGAGGUGAUGCGAUGGGUGGUCACUUGGAUCAAGAUGGGAGGAUUCAGUCUGCAGGAUCGUUCACUGUUCUUUCUUACAAUAUAUUGUCUGAUACUUCUGCUAGUAGCGACCUUUACAGCUACUGUCCUCCCUGGGCUCUUUCUUGGCCGUAUAGGAGGCAGAAUUUGUUGAGGGAGAUUGUUGCGUAUCGAGCUGAUGUAGUCUGCCUUCAAGAGGUACAAAGUGAUCAUUUCCAUGAGAUUUUUGCUCCUGAGUUGGAUAAACAUGGGUAUCAAGCUCUCUACAAGAGGAAGACUAAUGAGGUUCUCAGCGGAAGUACAACAAGUGCAAUUGACGGAUGUGCAACAUUUUUCAGAAGGGAUAGAUUUGCACAUGUCAAGAAAUAUGAUGUUGAGUUCAAUAAGGCUGCUCAGUCUUUGACUGAGGUUAUCAUCCCUCCUGCUCAGAAGAGAAGUGCUUUAAACCGACUUGUGAAGGAUAACAUUGCGUUAAUAGUUGUUCUUGAAGCCAAGUUUGGUAAUCAACCUGCUGAUCUCUCUGGGAAGCGCCAGCUUAUCUGUGUGGCGAAUACACAUGUUAAUGUUCAACAAGAACUGAAGGAUGUGAAGCUCUGGCAGGUUCAUACUUUACUAAAAGGACUGGAGAAAAUAGCUGCUAGUGCCGAUAUUCCUAUGCUUGUAUGUGGAGACUUCAAUACACUUCCCGGGAGUGCUCCUCAUUCACUUCUUGUAUAUGGAAAGGUUGAUCCACAACAUCCAGAUCUAUUGGUUGAUCCACUUGGGAUCCUGCGUCCUCAAACUAAACUGACUCAUCAAUUGCCUCUGGUGAGUGCGUACUCAUCGUUUGUGAGAUCAGUAACGGGUCUUGGAUUGGAACAACACAGAAGGAAAAUGGAUCUUAAUACAAACGAGCCGUUGUUUACCAAUUGUACAAGGGACUUCAUUGGCACUCAUGACUAUAUAUUUUAUACAGCGGAUACGUUAAUGGUGGAGUCUUUAUUGGAGUUGCUAGAUGAAGAUGGUUUGAGAAAGGAUACAGCUCUUCCUUCACCUGAAUGGUCGUCUAGUCACAUUGCACUAUUAGCUGAGUUCCGUUGCAUGCCUAGGACCAGACGCUAACCGGUGCUCCACCUUCUUUUCACCAUGGCAAAUCGCUUACAGAUAGUUUUCUUUUUCUUUUUUUUUUUGUUUUCAUGUUUUUAUAAUCAGAUUAUGACAGAGAUGACACAAAAGUUCGAAAGUGAUUCUGAUCCAAAGUAAAAGGCAGAGAUCACUUUCUGAAGUUGGUCAUUCUUUAUAAUGACCUCUUGUGUUUCUUUCUUUGUCUAACCUUUCGCAUUUUGAUCGUCAAUAUUAAGAGAUACCCCUUUGCUUUUUAA